AUGUUCGGAAGACAGAUCUUUCUGGAGCCAGUGGACGAUCGGAGGGAACAAUGGAGACGCAACGAAUGCCUCCGACAACUGUUAGCUACCCGAGCCACUCGAGGACCAUCGUUUGCCCAGUUGACAAGAGCUCCUUUAAGAAACGACGGAUUGACGUUCGAUGUCAAUUUUAUCGUUCUCGAAGACACUGGCUGCGUUCGACCAACCGAUCUGUGUCUCAGACCGCCUCGAACAAGCGCGUCUAGCCAAUAUUUACUGGAAUACAUAAGGCAGAUGGAAGAAAGGUAUGUGGCGAUGGAGCGAGAAUUGACGAGAACCAAAAUGCUGCUUCCCAUAAUAACGCGCAACCAGUCAGCUGCGCAUCAAACGUCCGCCGGUGGGAUUGCGCCGGGGAACCACAGGGAAACCGUUCAUCCGUACGACCCUCGGAAUCAGGACAGAAGUAACGUUCCCUUAAGGAAAAAGCAUCACGCGAAAAAAAGUAGAGACUCCAGUGGGAGACACCUGGACUACCCGAGUUGGACGAAACGCAACAGCUUCUUUCAGGCGAAUAACGGUAAUACCGAUACAACCGGGAAGAACCGCGAAGCGACGAGAACGACCGAGAACCCUUUGAUCCCGCAGAAACCAGAAGCUUCCACGAGAAACACGUUGAUGGAAGCUUGCCAAAGAUCCGACAAGAAACACGAGCCGGAAACGUUGCGCUGUAUUGACUUCGAUGUCAAACACGAGGAUCAUAAGCAGACCAGCUUCACGGUAAACGCGCCGAUAUUGCAGUCAACAAUGGGAUGGAAACCGCACCAGGACAAUGCCGGCCGGAAGGAGCAAGGAUCGAGCAGCGCCGAUCCGGUGGAGGAUCGGGCGACUAAGCGAAUCAAGUUCUUCGAAAGCGCGUUCACCAGAUGCGAGCAGAAUCCGCGAGUUCAACGCGCGUUCGAGGAUAAUCGGGGUCGUCCGAGCAAUCGGCUCGGGAAACUGCAACAAGAGGGGACCCGUUUCGUCGACGACCAGCCGAGGAAUCUAGCGAAACUGAUUCAGAGGAAUCCUCGGGGGUGGAAGAAAAUGCCGGCGCCUCGGAGCAACGUGCACACCGCUCGCUCCCCCAUCGUGCAACCUGCGAUCGCGAAUCCUCUGUUGGACCCGAACGGAAUGACCAUUCGACUGCUACGAUUAGCGGUGUUGCUUUACGCCCCAGCACUGAUGCCUGCUUUGAACCUGCUGAUCGCUCGACAGAGCAGUCAAACGACGAUCCCGAUACCUUACUUCGAAGGGUCGAACGAUCUCCUAACUCAACUUCUACGGACCCUCAGCAAUCAGCAAUCCGUCCCGAAUUUGUCCUACGCGAGUCCUCGCGAGGAGAUUUCAGACAUCCUGAAUUCAUCGAAUCCACCGCGACCGAACCUAGAACUAUCGCAGACUGUCUCCAGGCAACCCGAAGACGACACCGAUAGCGAACACCCGGAGGCCAGCGUACGCGAAAAAAACUCGUCUUUCAAGAAACCCUUGGAAUAACAAACUCG